CCAGAGAAGAAGUCGAACAAUUUCUUCGUGGGUAAGCCAAGCCAAGCCAAACACCGACUGUUAAAUGAAGAGAGAAAAAACUGAUUCGAACCCCAAACUCCAUUAUUGAGAUUCGAACGAUACGGGCUUACGGAUAGGCUCUAAGUUUCUUUGAUAUUUCUAAAAAUCCAACCUCCCUCCACUCAACUCUAAAAUACACAAGAAAAUCUUUCUACUUUAUUUUAUUAUUUUAUUCAAUCCUUGAUAUAAAUUCUCCCUCAAUUCGAUCGCUUUGUCGGUUUUUAGUAUUGUAUAUUUCUACCCCUUUGCCAGGCCCGGUGCGACGCUCAAUCUGUUGGGUUUCUCAAGCCAUGGAGUCUACUAUGGUGAUUAAGGUUAAAUAUAGAGAAAUGCUUAGGCGCUUCAGUGUUCCAGUUCAUCAAUACAAUAAACUGGAUCUUGAUAUCAAUGGGUUGAGAGCAAAAAUACUUAAUCUCUUCAACUUCUCUCCUGAUGCCGAUGUUACACUGACUUAUAUUGAUGAAGAUGGUGAUAUAGUGACCCUAGUCAGUGAUGAUGAUCUGCAUGAUGUGAUGAGGCAACAGUUGAAGUUCUUGAGAAUUGAUGUGCAUCUUAAAAGUGAGAAAAAUGACAAAUCUCAUGAUAGAUCAGAUGGAAGUUCUACCCCUCUGACAUCAGCACGUGGCCAACAUUCAUUUCAAAAUGUUCGUACUGGUAUUUCUGAGGUUUUGAAAUCUCUACCAGAGCCCUUACCAGAAUUUUGUUCCCAGAUCUUCCUUGACUUUGCUUCAAAAGCUGCAGUUACUAGUCCUGUGCUUGCUGAACUUGCUCAGAGCCUUAUUCGAUUAGGAAACACACACUUGAACUCAGAUCCCCAGUCCUCAUUUGUUUCAGAGACAAGCGCACAGAAUGCUGCUGAGAGUUCUAUGGCUCCUGUAGGUGCAGAUUCAAAAGCUUCAAAGAAUGAUGGCUUCCAUCAAGAAGCAGGGCCAAGCUUUAAAUGCAUUGGUUUAGCUUCUAAAGAUAGUAAGAUAAUUAACCCUGGGAGCGUGACAAAGAACAUUGGUGUAGAUGCACCUGCUUCUGUUGAUCUUAAUGCCAUUCCUACUGAUUAUAGUGCUUCUGGAUGUGCCACUGGGAAACCAGCUGCCCCUAGUAGGCCUUUUCAUGAUAUGCAUACUCACAAUCUUCCUGCCUCAAUUAACAUUGACCCAAAUCCUUCACCCGCAACUUAUGUGGAUAGUAGUUUCAUCAACGAGUGCCCUUUUAGUGUAGUACCUGUGGCUACUGGAUCAUCUAUGCCUCAAGUUAUAGAUAUAAAUUCAGUAAUUAGCAGCAGUGGUCACACCGAAUCUAUGGGAAGUAUGUUCCAUAAAGGUGUUAUUUGUGAUGGUUGUGGAGCCCGUCCAAUUAUUGGUCCACGGUUCAAGUCUAAAGUGAAAGAAAAUUAUGAUCUCUGUAGUAUCUGCUUUGGUGAAACGGGUAAUGAGACUGACUACAUUAGAAUUGACCGACCUGUUUCUUUUCGCCAUCCAAGACUUAGACCCUUCAGUCGUAGACAUCCAUUGACUGGCCCCCGAGUAAUUGAUAUAUUGAAAGGUUGUGGGAAGCAAACUAGACUUGAUAGUGUCUUCGUAGCAGAUGUUACUGUCUUUGAUGGCACUAUGAUGGCACCAUCUACCCCAUUUACCAAGGUUUGGCGGUUGCGUAAUACUGGGGGUUUUAAUUGGCCCCGUGGUUCACAGCUGGUAUGGAUGGGAGGAGAAAGGUUCAGUGAUUCAGUUUCAGUUGAAGUAGAGGUUCCUGCUGAUGGACUUCCUGUGGGUCAGGAAAUUGAAGUUGCAGUUGACUUUACUGCCCCUCCAUUCUCUGGUCAAUUUAUCUCCUAUUGGAAGAUGUCAUCUCCAGAAGGCCAGACGUUUGGUCAACGUGUUUGGGUUCUCAUUCAGGUUGAUGCAGCAGUUUCACAUGACCCCCAGGCUUUGGACUUAAAUUUACCCCCUAUAGCCAUACACAGCGGUGCCUUGGAGGGCCAUGAAGAUGUAGAAAAGAGUCCGGCUCCUGAAAUUGCAAAUGUUGUCCUUUUCUCUCGUGAUUACACCCCUGUUGCCGAGCCAGUAAAACCAGAUCAUAAUCUGCCUGAAAAUGAAAAGCAGCUACAGUUCCCCAUUAACGAUGUUUUGAUAGUUGGCAAGAAUCCUGCUGCUUCUGCUGACAAGGAUACUUCGGUCUCGUCGUAUCCCACUGUCGAAUGUCAUGGAGUUCUACCGUGUUCGACUAAGGCUCCCUCUGUGUCAUACCCUCUUAUUGAUUUUUCUGAACCAAUUCCAGCUGCAGCCCCGCCUCCAGCAUCAUCCACCAAUGUUUAUCCAUCACCAUCUGGAAAGGUCAGUGCUAAUAACGUUGUUGAGGAAACUCUUCUUAAAACACUAGAGGAUAUGGGAUUCAAACAUGUCGAUCUGAACAAGGAAGUACUGAAGAAGACUGGGUACAAUCUGGAGAAGUCGGUGGACGAACUCUGUGGAGUUGCCRAAUGGGAUCCGAUGCUUGAAGAGUUGGAGGACAUGGUACGGGUUUCGGUGACAAGGAAAUGAACAGAAUGCUUCUGAUGAAGAAUAAUGGCAGCAUGAAGCAAGUGGUGAUGGAACUUAUCUAUGGGGAAAAGGCUUAGUUCUCAAGAUUAUGGAUCAGAAUGUAAAUAUAUUAGAACUAAAUAAAUAAUGGGAUUGUAUUGUUGCUCUGGAACAGGAUGAUUUUUGUGCUUUAUUUGAGUUGCCCCGGAUCCUCCAGUUUCUGGUCCAUCUCUGUCUUUCCGAAGGUACAUAUGUUUAUGAUCUAAUUUCAUCUUAGUUUCUGAA